AUGGCCAUACUGGUGGAGCCUUCCUUAGGCAACCCUUUGCUUCGGCCCGACCCCCGCCCGGGGAUUGCGGCGACCUACCCCGCAUCGAUGCCGGACGCGCUCGAGCCAGACGCGGAUCUCGCCGCGAACGAGACCGAGGCGAAUGACGGCGACGAGGUGGACGAGGAUGAGGACGAGUGUGGAUUUGCAGAUCAGACUGCACCUGAGCUCUUGAACGAGGUCAUUAUUCGCUCGGGCUACUUGCUCAAGCGGGGUGAUAAGCGCAAGACCUGGAAAAAGCGCUGGGUUGUUUUGCGUGCCUCGCGCCUCGCGUUUUACAAGAACGAGAGGGAAUAUCGCCUUCUCAAGGUUAUCAAUGCGAGCGAAAUUCGCGCAGUGGUCCCGGUCGACUUUAAGCGCGUCGGGCUCACCGUCGGCAUUGUGACGCCGGAUCGCACCAUGUACAUCCGCUCGACGAACCUGCAAGAGACCUAUGCGUGGAUCGACGCGGUGAACCAUAUCCGCGCACUGCACCAGGACACGGUCGGGGACCUCGCCCAGCAGGUCGGCGCCGUGCACCUCCGCACGGAUGCGCGCCGUGCGCUACGCACCGAGACGGCGCCGGCCACGAGUUCCACGCGCGAAGGCUCUGCGCCAGUCACGAUCGGCACGCGCUCGUCGACCGCGCCGCCGAUCAGCAUCCUGCAGGUGUGUGACGAGAUGCCGACACCGAUCGACACGGCGAUGCUCAGCUCGUCGCCGGUUUCGACGCACAUGCCUCCGAGCGCAAGCGGCGAAUUGCGUGGCCGCGAAGGCGUGCGGUGGCGCGACGACGACAUGCCGACACGUGUAUACCCCAGCAGUGGCGACGAAGAGAGCCGGCCGGCCGGCCCGUCGCGCUUCCUGCAGCAGCCGACGGCGCCCGCGAUGUUGUCUUCGUCCGAGGACGAGGAGCUAGAGCUCGACGAGGAGCACGACCAGGCGGCGCCGCUGCCGCAGCCUGCCGCGCCGCCGGCGCGGGAAGAUACGGACCGCGUGAUUGCGCAGGGCUACCUAAUGAAGCAAAGCAGCCACCGCAAGCACUGGCGCAAGCGCUGGUUCGUCCUUACGCAACAUGCGUUAUUCUAUGCGCGGAGCCACAUGGAUACACGAGUGCACCGCAGGCUGCCCAUGGCGGCGAUCCUCGACGUGAUGGAGUGCGACGCGUCGCAGAGCGGCCCCGUCGCCUUCAACCUCCUGAAUCUCUCUGGCGCGCCGUUCCACACCGCGCUCGAGUCGCGCAGCCCGGAGAAUGCGCACGAGGUGCGGCCACGCAAGGAGCACUGCUUCAAGAUCGUGACGCCGAGCCGCACCUUUGUCGUAUGUGCGCCGACGGAAGAGGAAGAAAUCAAGUGGCUGAGUGCGUUCCAGACCAUCUUGAAUCGGCAGCGCAGCGUGCCUCUGGCGCUGCGCCGUGCAUCGAUGAGUGCGAAUUAG